AUUUAAUUUCGACGUGCGACCUGCAUGAUCACCAACGAACGAUUAUUUCAAAUUUUAAUCGCAAACGUAAUAGAAGUUUUAGUGAAAUAUAUUGUACUAGCUCACUGUAACGUAACGUAACGCUCAAACUCAUUUUUCUCAUUUCGUUUCCCUCUCGUGUCAACGAAAAAUUCUCGUUUUUUGUUGGAAUAUCCAGUUUCGGAAUUUCGCUUGGAGAGCCAGUUUUAUACCGAACUUCAAACGAACACAAGCACUCGUAGAAUUUCCUAUUAGAAAAACGUUGUUUCAUACAAGUGAAGUGUAAUUUCAGUGAAUUUGUUUUUUUUUACUUAUAUACCUAAGCAUUUAAAAAAAAAUCUGCCAAAAUGGGUAUGGGAUGUGGAAUGUCUAUGGUGAAAUACAUAUUGUUUGUAUUCAAUUUGCUAUGUGCGCUUGGUGGUGUUGCCAUCUUGGGCGUCGGCAUUGCCUUCCUUCUCCGAAUCGGAGACAUUGAAAAGAUAUUCGACGACUGGAAUGUUCAAGUGGUUCCAAUCUUGUUCAUUGUCAUCGGUGCCAUCAUCUUCAUUGUUGCAUUCUUCGGAUGCUGCGGUGCAAUCAAAGAAUCCCAUUGCAUGACUGUAACGUAUUCCACAUUCCUGAUGAUUAUGCUCCUGGCUCAAAUCGUUCUUGCUAUCGUCGUCUUUGUGUACAUUGGCGAUUUACAAGAAGCAGUGCGUCCAGUACUUGCGCGAAUGUGGGAACAACGACCAAAUAACCCACAGGUUUGGGAUAGUCUUCAGAGAACGCUACAAUGUUGCGGCUUGAACAACCCAGCUGAAUGGGGAACUGGCAUACCGACCUCAUGCUGUGCAGACGGUACUCAACAAUGUAAUGCUGGCACAGCCUUUCAAACUGGAUGCAGUGGUGCAGUCAACGAUUUCAUCAGUACUUCCGGUAACAUUAUCGGAGCAGUUGCAUUAGGUGUUGCUGGUAUUGAGCUCAUCGGAUUCAUUUUCGCCUGUUGUUUGGCUAACAGCAUCCGCAACCAAUCAAGAAGCGAAUGAAAAACUUAACAGAAAUGACAUCAAUCAGUUUCUUGUCGACCAAUAACCAAACAUCCAUAAUGCAUGAUCGAACCCAUUAGCAUUAAUUAAUAAAAAAUCAUCUGCGCUGAAACAAACAAUCAAACACACACAUACAUUACUAACUGACCCAAUCAUCGCAUCAUCGUAUUAAAAUAUAGGAAGAACGAAAUUCUCUGCAUGAUAAAUAAUAAUCGCGAGCUAAUUUUAACAUCACAUUACACCCAUCGACUUGACUAACAAAAAAAUAAUUUUUAAUUUAUAAUUGAUAGUGUAAAUCAAAAACAGUAGA